AUGCAGUCAAUUUUUCUAUCUUUAGUCUUUCUUGCCCCCGGACUGGCUCGUGCUCAAACGGGAGUCACACAGCCCAUCUCAGAGGACUGCGGCCCCUCCGUGGUAUGCAUUAAUCGCUAUGGCAAUGUCCUACCCUACCACUUUUUCCGCAAUCUAACCACAAUGGAUGCACCCACCACAUUUGGUGACACCACGGUAGCCAACGGGACCAAGCUGAACGACAUAAAGUCGGCCGAUUUCAUUGUGUACAACAAGGAGAAAGGUCUCGAGGCUUUAGGGCCCAACCCCAGUUACGAGUAUGUCUUUGCGGUGAAUGAGGCCGUGCACGAGGCCCCCGUCUAUGUAGCGGCACAGAACAAGCUGUAUUUGUCGCAGCUGGCUCCUCCCACUGGCUAUCUCCCACAGCUGGUGGUCGACCUAAACCAGGAUCCCCCAACAUUAUCCGAGUUUCUGUCUGAUCCACCCGUAUACGCACCCAAUGGUGGUACCUUCCACGAUGGUAAGAUCAUCUGGGGUGCCUCUGGUGGCAACAACUCCAUUGGAGGUUCCGAGCAGCGCGUGGGAUUGCGAACCCUGGAUCCCGAGACCAAUAAGACCGUCAGCUUGGUCAACAACUACUUUGGCUACUACUUCAACACGGUUGAUGAUCUUGCCGUUCAUCCCAAGACGGGAGAUAUAUGGUUUACCGAUCCUCAAUACUCUUGGUUCAAUGCCCUAACCGAUACACCUCCUCAGCUACCCGCUGCCAGCUAUCGUUAUAACACUUCGUCCGGCGCAGUUGUCGUCGUCGACGACAGCAUAGGACAGCCGAAUGGCAUCGCUUUCACCCCUGACGGUUCAAUCGUCUAUAUCAGCGACACAGCUGCUGUCAGCGCCCCGGUUGACCCGAAGUACGGCCAUCCCGGCAGUACCUUCAACACUACUCACCGGAGAACCAUCUAUGCCUUUGACGUGAGUCAAGAUGGAGCUCACGCCUAUAACAAGCGGCCCAUCUACCUCGCACCUGGCUUUGUCCCCGAUGGAUUGAAAGUGGCCGCAAAUGGCUACAUCGUUACCGGCUGUGGUUACGGGGUGGACGUCAUAGACCCAUCUGGAGAAUUGCUGUUCACUAUUCAGACGAAUUACACGGUUCAGAAUUUUGCCUGGACCGGCCCGGAGCUGAAGACGCUGUGGCUGAUGGGGAAUGGAGGAAUCAGCAAGGUGGAAUGGGAGCUUGCAGGGCAGGAGCUGAAAUAA